AUGACACCCUUGGCGAGUGCCCUGCCUCAGGACAACUAUCACCAUGGUCAAUACCAGCGAGGGGUUCAACCAAGAUACACUGCCGGGCUGUCACCGCCCAUGGCUCAGCACAUGCCACCGAUCCCUCAGUAUACCGGACCUUCGCAGAUGCCCAUGGUGCACCAGGGCUACUACGUACAACCAGCUCAACACAUCUCACCGUACUAUGGCGGUGGCCAUCUACCUGUCAACCAUGUUGGCUCGGCGAUGCUACAGAGACAAAACGUGGCAUAUUACUCAACGCCAUUAGCCAUGGGGCAACCGAUCACCCAAUAUUAUUACCAUCAGGCCGCCUCGUAUCCUAUUCAGUUCCCCAGUGUACAGCAUGUUGUCGCUCCAGGCCGCCAGCAGCAUCGAGCAGAAGUUGGCCAACAAGCAUCAACAGGAACCUUAAUCCAUAACCAGCCUCUAGACAGCCCGCCUCCAUCCUUUCCAACUGAGAAACUGACUCAGGUAAAACCUGACGAGCAGAAAAACUCUAUUCGAGGCUCGACGCGUAAACCUCGACAAACCGGAAAUGCCGUCUGGAUCGGAAAUCUUCCACCCCAAACCGACUUAAUGAGCCUCGUACGCCACGUUUCGAAGGAGACAGCAGGACUCGAAUCUCUCUUUUUGAUUGCCAAGAGCAACUGCGCCUUUGCUAACUUCAAAGAUGAGGCCUCUUGCAUCACUGCUCAACUCAAACUGCACGAAUCCAGAUUCCAGUCGGUUCGUCUUGUCAGCAGGCUACGAAGGAAUGAAAUCGAUGGCAAUGCUGGCCACUCUCCGCCAACAGGGCCGGCGUCAGGCCCAGCCAACUUUCCUCAACCGAUCCAUCCGGCUAGAAGUAAAUCUGCCGUCAAAAUCGAAGAUGGAAACUCGACUCCAACUACCGAUCACGCGGAUAAGCCAACAGCUACCCCAUCAGAGGGAGCACUCAAAUACCAUGAUAGAUUUUUUAUUUUGAAAAGUUUGACAGUUGAUGACCUUGAGCUUAGUGUACGAACGGGAAUUUGGGCAACACAAUCUCAUAACGAAGAAACAUUGAAUGGUGCAUUCAGGCAAUGCAACAACGUAUAUUUAAUAUUUUCAGCCAACAAAUCUGGCGAGUACUUUGGAUAUGCACGAAUGGCUUCCGAGUUUAGCCCAUCCCUUGAUUCGACCGUUCAAUUUGCACCCGUACCACGAUCGACGAACGAUGUAGAGUUGCCGAAAGAAGUCCUCACGGACGCGACCGAAUACGUUCCCAAAGGCAGAAUCCUUCAUGAUCCAAGCAGAGGAACAAUCUUUUGGGAGAUAUAUCAAGAUGAUUCUGAAAAGACCCUCGAUAAUGAAGCUGGCGGCUUGAACGGAACAGAUGGUGUUGUCAACGAAGAGGAGGAAGAGAAAGCCUGGGGGAAGCCUUUCCGAGUCGAGUGGCUAUCAACAUCUCGUCUUCCCUUUCACAGGAUUCGUGGGUUACGAAACCCCUGGAAUUCCAACAGAGAGGUCAAGAUUGCGCGAGACGGCACCGAGAUAGAGCCUUCUAUCGGCCAAAGGCUUAUUGGUCUUUUCAAUACUGGCCAAGGUGCUGGAUCUUCGGGAACCGCGAGACCCCUCGGUGGCACGAUGUCGCGAUAUCAACAAAUGGGAUCAUAUGCACCAUAG